AUGUGUCACACUCGUGAAUUGGCCUUCCAAAUUUCAAAAGAGUAUGAGCGAUUCAGCAAGUACAUCUCGGGCGUUCGAAUUGCGGUAUUUUUCGGUGGUAUACCGAUCCGAAAGGACGAGGAGACUCUCAAAAGCAGCCCACCCCAUAUCGUUGUUGGAACACCGGGCCGUACGUUGCAGUUGGCACGACAGGGCAUCCUGAAACUCAAAAACAUCAAAUAUUUCGUUCUGGAUGAAUGCGACAAAAUGAUUGGCGACAAUGGUACGUCACCAUUUGCUAUUUAUAAUAUAAUUGACUUAUUAAGUCCAGCAGGUAUUGUCCGUGUAAUGUCUUGA